UGAUUUUACAACAUUUUAUUGUAAAACUGCUGAUUAAUGAUUUCAUUGAUAGAUGUGGUGCUAUAAAUGGUAAGAGAUUUGCAUACAUCCUACAAUAUUUGUUAUAUAACUGCCUUAACUUUAAGAACGCUAGUAUUCAAAUUAUUUUAUAUACAGAAUUUGGCACGUGCAAAUUAUUUUUAUUAAAUGAUAUCGACAAAGUUCACCGAACAGAACUGAAAAAAGUGACAACUUGUGUUUUCAAGCACUUAAACAAAUAUUUUUUUUUUUUUUUUGUGUUAUAACGUUUUUUAAAACUGAUAGUCAAUGUGCGAAAGAAAUAAAUUAAAUACACACGAAUAUACGUUGGGUGUUCAAUAGACUGUUCAUUAAAGACCCCAGCUAUAUCAACAGCAGAAGCGGCUACAUAAACUGAGUAUUUAUUAUACAAAAGGCUAACAAGGCAGUGUGAAGUAGUAGGAAGUGAAAGAAGAAAGACGAAUAAUUCAAAGAGUGUGAUUUUCUUUAGAAGCGCUUAACGAAUACAAUACAAGGAAGGAGAAAUUUUGGUUACGCAGUGGAAGAAAUUUUGUCUAAAGUAGUUGGAAAACGCAGCUAAAGCGAAAUUCGCGUACACUUAAACACCUACCAUAAGAGUCCAGAGUAUCUCAAGCAACGACAAAAUCAGCUGGAAAUUCUGCAGCCAAACAACAACAAACACUCAUAUUGACCGGCUCAUCGAUUAUAUGCAUGGACCUGAAAACUUUUCCGCUAAAGACUCGAAACUCGUGGAUCGUAUUUUGGUAGAAGAGCAAGCAACGACAACGUGUAGCAAAACUACUUAUGCAACUGCAAGUACCAAAAAACAAAAAAAACAACAAAAAUUUCAUCAGUUCGUAAACAAAUGUGUGAACAAUAAUAAUUAUUCUACAAUUCUAUAUACACAUACAUACAUAUAUAUCUGAAUAGUAUUCAAUAAUUAAUAUCGUAGAACAAAUUAAUCAGGAAGCUAACGCGCAAUUGCGUAGAUUGACGGAGUCGAACAGCGUUUAAAAGACGUGGAGGCAGUAGUAAGGAAUUUAUUGUGCGACGGAGGAGCACACAAAAAAGCAAAUUUAAACCAGUUUUAAACAAAAAAUAACAAAUAUUUUAAUUAUACACUUAAUAAUAUAUAUUACAAUAUUUUAUUUUAAAUCAUAUAUACAUAUAUGUAUAACAAAAACACAAAUAAGUUCAAACUAUAAGUAAAAAAAAAAUUGAAGAAAGAACUUUGUAAAACGCCAACUUUUUGUUGGUAACUUACAAUUACUAAAACAAAAACAAAAAAACGUAACACAGAGCAGGCAAAUGAUCGAGACAAACUAGCCGAAUAUACUCUGUGUGCUGAAUACAAACAAAAAAAUCUCAAAUCUCAACGACACCCAUUAGAGGCUUCAAUUUGUGCUUAAAUCCGCUUUUGGAUUUUCGCGCAGAAAUAUUUAGUGCCACCAGUGGCUGCAAAGAAGUCUGAAAAAGGCGCCAUUUUAAAGCGAAUACAACUACAUACAUAAAUUAAUAAAUAUUAAAACCAAAAACAACAAAAAAAACAAAUUUAUCAAAAGAACAUUGCCAAACGCUGAGCUGAGACGUAACGGCCGACCAACCAACAACCAACCAGCAAAAUCCCGUGGAAUUUCAUCUACUACUCUGCGUUAUUAUAGUUGCUAAACGGACAUAAUAUACAAAGUAUCAGCAGGCGUACAUCAAUCUUCUAUUCUAUUAAGACUUUACUCGCAAAACAAGCCAUUUUACUAAUUGACGAUAUAUACGAUAAAUAUUUUUCCAGCGUUAUUUUGCAUAUUCUCUUUAUUGAAGCUGCUUAGAAGCAAACUUUGUUCCCACAAAAACCACGAACUUUCCCGCGCGUUAUACUUUUUAUCGCUUUUACUACAGCAACAACAACUACUACUACUUAUAUAUUCAUCGUUCUAAUUUAUAAAAUCGUGUCGACCUGGUCAUUUACAUAUAUACAAUAUAUAUAGGCAUAUAUAUAUAUUAUAUUCUCAUAACUUGAAAAGAUACGAACGCCAUAUUUGUAUUAUUUUUUAAAUUUAAAUAAAUAUAAGCCAAAGCCAAGCACUUAAAAACACAACAACAGCAUUCGGAAAAAGUCACACUCACAAAAUCCAAAAUCAACAAAAACAACAAGGAUAUCAAAAACUCUGAACAACAGAAAUCAAAUCAGCUUAAAGAAAAAGAAGAAAAAACUGAAGGAGGCGAACCAAAAACGAAAUUAAACUCUACAAAAGCUUAAAGGAAAAAAUCUAGAUAUACACCUCAAUACAUAUAUAUACUUGUAUAUCUCGAAGUAACGGCAUUUGCCGCAUUUUGCCUAAUACAAAUCACCGAAACUCCAUCAUCUUCCGUUUUUGCCACCAGAUUUUGAAAUAUUUGUAAACUCAAUAAUAACAACAAAAACAAAUUUUACUGAGAUUCUCAAGCUUUACAAUUAGCACUACCGAACUGCUUCGCUUGCACGCAUUUAACUGCAAGUAGAUUUUGCCACAAAUUUUCGCGUAUUUUCUGGAAUUUUCGUCGUAUUUCUUUUGAACUCGCAAUUAUCAAACCAAACGCCACUUAUGGCAUCACUCGAGGAACAACCAAUCGCAACGAUCACCGCCAUUUCCACCUUUGAUCCCGCUACCACCAAUACCUCUGCUGAUAUCGCUUCGAACGUAACCACUACUUCCGGCUCUGCUGCUACUGUUGCUGCUGCCAACGCGCCCGUUGGUAAUUUGUCGACGCUGGACUCGGAUUUCGGCCUCAGCGCUUGCGCCGAGAAACAACUUUUAGCGCCUGGCUCGCUCCUAACAGGCGGCAAUAGUGCUGUAGGUACUUUGAAUAUCAAUACCACUGCUACGACGACUGGUGCGGCUGUUGAUUCGAUUGUGGAAAAGCUCGUCAGCUCGCUAACGCUCGAUAUGGACUCGGACUCUUUGGGUAAUGGCAAUACGACAAUGUCACGUGAUUUCAACUGCAACGUUAGCGUUGCCAGCGAGCAUAAGAGCGUCUCAUCGCGUUCUUCCUCCUUGGCAGGCAAUAUGUUUAGCGAGGUGUUCGAGAAUAAGGGCAAUGACUUGGAAUCCGGUUCGUUGGAGGACUCGUGCAGCUCGAUCGGCGCCGAUGGUAUGGAUAAGAAUUGCAAGAUUUGCAGCUCGCGUUUAGUUACACCACGCGUGCUCUCAUGUCUCCAUGUGUUUUGCGAAUCUUGUCUGAUGAAACUGCUUACGGAGGAGUCGAACGGCAAUUCAUCAUCGGCAUCGUCCACUACUUCAACCGCCGGUGAGCUAAUGCCGCCAUUGAAGUCUGUUAUCGAGUGUCCCACGUGCAAACAAGUGACUAUGAUUGGCGCCAAAGGCAUUGAAUCGUUGACUUGCGAUUACAUUUUGACCAACAUACUCGAUCUCUCCACCAUCGAGUCGGAGCAAUUGUCGUGCACUUCGUGCAAGAGCAAGGAAAAGGCCAUUUCACGCUGCAGCGAUUGUGCUAAUUUCUUGUGCAGCGGUUGCGACAACGCUCACAAGUAUAUGCGUUGCUUUGAGAAUCACGAAGUGGUUAAGCUCGAAGACUUGCAGAAGUCCACCGCCGACAAGCCAUUGACCAUACACAAGCCGCUUUUCUGCAAUGUGCAUACCGCUGAAAAUCUCAAGUACUAUUGCUUCAAUUGCCAAAUACCGGUUUGCAACGAUUGCUUAAUCGCCGAUCACAAGGGCAGUGAGCAUCACUACGAUGUUAUCGCCAUGGCCGAGAAGUCAGUGCGUGUUGAUGUUGAGAAUUUAAUGAAGGAAGCCAAAUCAAAGGUGCAAUAUUGUGAUGCUGCCGCUUCGAAUCUUUCCAGCGCACUCACUGAGCUACAAACCCAACAUGAUUCGGCACGCGCCCGCAUUGAGGAGACCUACCAGAACUACAAGAAGAUCUUGGAAAAGUGCCGCGACCAAUCACUAAACGAGUUGGGCAAGUUACACUCGGAACGUGAGCUCAAAGUUAUGGACUUGCUGCAGAACAUCGAAAAUACGAUGGGCAAAAUCGAUAGCACUUGCAAAUUCACCAUGCGUGUGUUGGAUCAAGCCAAUGCCGCCGAAUUUUUGUCCAUGAAGAAGUUGAUCAGCUCGCAAUUUAUAAACCUGAUCAAUAGUACACCAAAAUGUGACAUUAACUACUCACUGACCUUCGACACCAAGGCGGAGAAAUUCGAGCAGGUCGCCCAGGAGACCUUUGGUAAAUUCCGCACUGAGUCAACACCGCCCUCACCCAAGGAGAGCACACCACCACCCACACUACCGGGCAUGCCACCCAACAUGAUGAACAGUCGCAGCGGCGGUAUGAACACUUGCGGCUCACAAGGUCAGCUAGCCGGUGGUAGCUCCGUUACCGCCAGCAGCCCAAUAUCUUUGCCGACUUCCAUGCAAAGCUCAUUCGACGGUGACUUCUCGGUACUGGGCAAUGGAUUCCUCAUGCCGAAUGUAUUGACACCGGACUCGCCACCACAUCAGCCACCGACAUUGCAUCACCAAAUUUCCCAUCAGCAACAACAACAGCAGCAACAACAACAACAAUCACAGGCACCGGCAACACAACCAACAGUACAUGGUGUAAACGGUGUACGCGGCGGCUUUGAUGGCGUCGGUUGUGUUGGUGUUGGUGUUGGCGGUGGCGGCUUGCCAGGUACAGGCAUUGCCAACGGCUUAAAUGCGCUUACAGGCGGUCAUGGUCCAAUGCAUGGCCACAAUCAAGCUCAUGGUCACGGCCACGGACACAAUCCCCUUGGCGGCAAUCCACUAAGCGGUGCUGGUAAUAAUUUGGGUGUUGGCUUGAACAACAACCCAUUAGGCAAUGGUAUAAACGCUUCGCUCAGUCAAGGCUUAAAUGGUCUGGGCGGUGGUGCUGCUGCAGGCGGCGGCGGCGGCAGUGGUAUGAAUGGCGGCCUUAAUGGCGCACUCAAUGGCGGACUGAACGGACCGAAUAAUCCGGGCAGCGUUGGUGCUGGUGCACCGCCACCAAGCGCUUACAACAGUAUUCUCGAGUAUAAUUUGUCACGUCUUGCCAGCCUCACGGAGGCCACACCGGAUGUCACACUCAACGACGCCUUGGUAGGCCCCGGCGCCGGCGCUGGUGGUCACCACCAGGCCGUGGUGCCAGCAUCGUCGGCACAGAAUCAACAGAUCUCAUUGGCGGACAUACUGUCGGGUGAUCAACGCGCCUUCAACAAUCUGCAGGCGCUUGCCAAAAUGGGACUCAAUAACAAUGUAGAUUUUCACACAGACAUGAAUCAGCUUUUAUCGAGCGGAGCUUCACCCGGAAUUGAUUGUAUAUUACCAGAUUUCUGCCUACCCGCAGCCACAUCGCCCAGCCUCUCAACACUCGGGCCACUCGGCGCUGGACCCGUCGACGAUAUGUCCAUUACGAAUUUCCAUGCUGGCGCCACACCGGGCACCACCAACAUUGUCACCGGUCGCAACAAGGCAACACCCAUGCAGAUACGUUGUAAAUUCGGUUCGCUUGGCACCUCUAAGGGUCAAUUCAAUUCACCACAUGGUUUUUGCUUGGGUGUAGACGAAGAGAUCAUUGUCGCCGAUACGAAUAAUCAUCGCAUUGAGGUUUUCGACAAAACCGGUACACUUAAAUUCCAAUUUGGCGUACCCGGCAAGGAAGAGGGUCAACUAUGGUAUCCACGCAAAGUCGCCGUUAUGCACACCAAUGGCAAAUUCGUCGUUUGUGAUCGUGGCAAUGAACGCUCACGCAUGCAGAUAUUCUCAAAGUGUGGACAUUUCAUGCGCAAGAUCGCAAUCAGAUACAUUGAUAUCGUCGCUGGUCUGGCUGUUACCUCCAAGGGUCAUAUUGUGGCUGUAGAUAGCGUGUCGCCAACAGUUUUCGUUAUAUCCGAGGAUGGUGAGCUCGUGCGUUGGUUCGAUUGCAGCGAUUAUAUGCGCGAACCGUCCGAUAUUGCCAUACGAGACAAUGACUUUUAUGUCUGCGAUUUCAAGGGUCAUUGUGUUGCUGUCUUCCAAGAGGAUGGUACUUUCCAGUAUCGCAUCGGUAAUGAAAAGGUCACAUGCUUCCCUAAUGGCAUCGAUAUCUCGAAUGCAGGCGAUAUUUUAAUUGGCGACUCGCAUGGCAAUCGCUUCCAUGUGGCCUGCUAUUCGCGCGAUGGAGUUUUGCAAUCUGAAUUUGAAUGUCCCCACGUUAAGGUUUCACGUUGCUGCGGUCUAAAGAUAACCUCCGAAGGUUAUGUGGUCACUUUGGCCAAGAACAAUCACCAUGUGUUGGUACUUAAUACGCUCUACGUUCACUGAUCGCAAAUCAAAACCAUAACUAGCAGUAGCAAUAUCAGCGUCAGCAAUAAUAACAACAACAACAACAACGAUAGCAGCAUUAAUGUCGGCUGCAACAAAAAUAUCUUACCAAUGAAUGUGUCCAGUGGCAUUGGAGCUGGCAUGGCCGGCGGUGGCAGUGGCAAUAACGUUAACCUUUAUGAAAACGGCAAUUGCAACAUUGUUGCCAACAGCAACGUUAAUAAUGCCGCAAGUACCAGUAGAUACACAUCGAACAACGGCAGCAUCAAUAACAGCAGCAACACCAACAGUCAUAAUGCUGGCAAUCAUCACCACGCUUACCACCAGCAACAGCCAUACAAUCACCCACAACCACAUAAUCAGCACCAUCAUGCAGCGCCGCAUUAUCAACACCAGCAGCAGCAACAACCACAGCAACAACAGACUUUGAAUAGUAGCAACUCUAACAACAGCAACAUCACAGCUGGCAUCGUACACAACAACAACAACCACAGCAAUCAAAUGCAUAACUUGACGACAGCGCCGCGUUCAAUGGAAAAUAAAUCGAAUCUCUGGUUGAUGAUGAACGGUGCUGGUGCUUGUGGUGGGGUCGGUGCAGCGGCCAACAAUAAUGGUCCGCAUGCUUUCAGUGGUGGUUGUGUUGGCGUUGCUGGCGAGCGUGCUUUGCCACAGCCACCGCAUGCGCAGCACUAAUUCCCAGCUACCAAAGCCGGUAUGCAAUGGACUCGACAGCAGUGACCGUUUUAGCAGGUAAAUUGCUUUUAGUGGGGCCAAAAACAAAAAUUAUGCAGUAACAUAACCUUACAUACUUUAAACGUACCAGUGAAAACGAAUUUUAUUCGAUUAACUAAAUGAUAUAGCUAUUUUAAAUGGAGGUAGGUUUUCACGAUUUCGUGGGUAAAUGCAAAUGGAUAUAAAGUAACUAUAGCAAUUAUAAACAAACAAACAAAAAAUGUAGUAUACAAACAUACACAUACAAAAAAUACUAAUAACACCAAAACACAACACUGCGACUAGACAAUUUGAAAUCUCAAACGAAGAAAAAUCAAAUUAAAAAAAUGACAAAAUCGCCAAAAAUCAGUAAAAAAAAUAUACAUCCAGCUUGUUCAAAUUUUAGCAAAAGCAAGCUUUAACCUACACACGCAAACAUAUAUAUACACAUAUUGUUUUUGAUCUCUUUUCCAAGUUUGAUUGCUUUUCAAAUUUAUACCAGUUCACUAUAUUGAAGAAACAAAUUUACAAAAGCUUUUAACAAAAAGUAAUCAUAAUUUUUUUCGAGUAAGCUUUUAUUUACAGAUUACCAUAAUAUUUAAAACUUAAAAAAAAAUAUGUUUUUAAUGGCCAAAUUCUACGCUGUUGCAAUACACGCCUACAUAUAAAUGUAGAUAUAUUUAUGUAUAUACACAUAUAUAUAUCAAUGUACACAUGCAUUUAUCUAAAAAAUUAUGUAAUUCAUUUAAUACGUUUGGUAAAAGGCAAUACAGUGUUGUGCACAUAGUAUAUCGGGUGAUAAUUUCACGCAUACAUUCAGAAAAAAAAUUAUGUUAAAAAAGUUGACUGCGCGGAACCUGCCAAGUAUUGUUUAACUUAUUUUUUUCGUUUUAAUUCAGCAGCACACAUUUGCGUAAAUACUUCAAAAACGUUAAUAUAAACGCAAAACGUAACGUAAAACGAAAUUAUAACGACAAAUAAUUGGGACAAAAUUUAAAUUUCUUCAAAUAAAAGUAUUGCCAACAACAAUUCUGUGAUACAACUUAAAAGCGCAGUAAAAUUGACGAGCAAUUGUUAUAAAUUUUUAUGUGGCGCUCAUAUUUGGCUUGUUAUCAUUUACGCGAAAAAGAUGUUAAAUUAAUCGAUCAGCUGAUUGCGCUACUUUUUUACUUUCAUAUUUAAGUUGUAUGCAUCACCCUAUUUACUCCUGUUGUGCUAGAUGUAUUGCCCGCUAGUCGAUGUGCUUGCUUAAUUACAUAGUUUUUGUUAUUGCAACAGCUGGUAAAGCGCGAUUGCAACAAUAUACAAUCGCAUUUGCAGCAAUUAAUUUAAUUAAAUCGAAAUGAGCAUUUAAAUACAAAUACUGGCAAUUUGUCUUGUUUUCACCCUCCUUUUUUAAACGGUUGUUAUUGAUGUUGUGACAAGUUUAGUGAUGACAAGUGACAAUUCGAACUGUAGUGCCAGCAAAGGGUGCUUCGUAGUCAUUUAUAAUUUUAAAUUAGAGAAAAAUUUUUUUUUUUUUUUGAUAACGAAAGAAAUUAAUUACAUUCAUUCAUACAAGUAUGUAUGUAUGCAGUUGUGAAAAAAAAUUGUAUAUAAGUUGUACUAUUAUGUUUUGCUGCUAUUAUUUUUAUAUACAAUUUUGAAGCAACAACACAUUUAAAAGAAACAAAAUAUUAAUUAAAUAUACUUUUAACAAAUUUUUUUUUAAUGAAAAUUGGUGAGACCAAAUAUAUCAACGAAUGCAUUGCCAUCUAAUGAAGACGUCGAAAUGAAGCGUUAGCAUAUUUUCAUUGUAUGAAAAAGUGUGUGUGGCGCUCGAACUGCAUUUGUUUUUUAUUUAACUUUUUUUCUUUGUUCUUCAAACGGUUUGUAAAGGAAAAGCAAUACAAAACUUCAUACAAACAUUACAAACAUAUAUUAUUUUUUACAAUUACAAACUAAGAAAUUGAGAAAACGAAUUCAACAACAACAACAUUAAGAAGGCUGGUUUUCCAAGACAUUAUUAUUACUAAAUAUUAUUAAAUUACAAUUUUAAUUACUAAAUAUUACAUUAUUACUAUAUUACAUUUUUAAAGCAAAUGAAAAUAUUUUACAUAUUUUUUUGUGCGUUGCUUACAUACAUAUAUAAACGUUUAUUUAAAACCGACUUUCUAUAUGUUAUAAAACGAAAGCUUUUUUCUUGAAAUUCAAUAUUAAAACUUCUAUUUACAUACACGCAUAUAUACAUAUAUUGCGAACAACAAAUCUAACUACUAACACAAACAAAUGCAAAUGUGUAAAUACUUUUACUUUUACAACAUUGGCGGCGAAUUCCAUAAAAAAUAUGAAUAUUUUGUAAACAAGUGGUACUGUUAUGACCGCCCAAAUGAUUACUUUAUUUUGUUUAAUUUUUAUCUAUUUUUCCUGUUUAUGCUUUUGCGCAGUUAUUUUUAUUACAUACAUAAAUGUUAAAUGAAAGAGAAAAACAACCUAAAAAAACAACAAACAUACCAGCAACUUGCGUGUUUCAAAUAUUUUCUUGUCAUUUUUUGUAUUAUCAAUAUUUUUAACAUUAUUUUUAUUUUAUUUCAUUAUUUCAUAUUAACGAAGAAACAGAUACUUUUAAAAUUAAUAUUAUAUGUAUAUUUACAAAUUCAAUACAUAUUAUAUGUAAAAAAAUAACAAAUAAUGUAAAAAAAACAAAAAAGCUACCUAAGAAUUUUUAUUGCAAUUUUUAAUCAAUAUUAUUUGUAAAACUAAUUUUCAAUUUGAAUAUUUUUGUUUUAUUUUAAUUUUUACAACAUGUAAAUGUAUACAUACUUAUAAGACUUUUAUUGAAGUGAAAUGAAGCGAAGUUAAGAAAGCAAAUAAAAAAUAUGUAUUUUUAGCUUAUUAAGCUGCGAAUUUACGGUCGGUCGUGGGAAAGCAAUUGCUAUAUAAAAAAAAAACAUAUAAAACAACAAAUAUAUACAUAUACAUAUAUUUAAAAAAGCAAAAAAAAAAAAUACAAAAUCAACAACAACCAUAACAAACACAACCAAUAAUCGCAUAUUUUCAAGUCAUUUUUAUUAUUAUUAUUUUAGAUAUUUUUAUUAUAAUUAUAAAUAGCCUUAGUAUGAUGACUUAAAAAAAUAUUUACAAUAAUUGUUAGUGUAGUUCGUAUAUACAUGCAUAGUUGAAAUUCACAACGGCGAAUUUCAGCAAAUGUAAGCAAAAACAACAAAACAAAAAAUAAGAAAAAAAAUAUAUAUAUUUUAUUCAAAACUUUUGUGCGUAUUUACACGCACACUUAGCGAGAAAUAGCAAACUUGAGAGAGAAAUUAAGCAAAGCUUUGUGAAAUUGUGAAAUACUUUAUAUAUAUACAUACAUAUAUAAAAAUGUCUGGAGCAAAUGUGUUUAGAUUUUAUUUAUACAAAAAGUAUAAAUUACGUUGUUUUAAAUUGCUACGUGCACAAAAUUACAAAAAGUGUGACAUCUCUGCAUUAUUUUACUAUUACAAACUGAAUUUUAUUGUGACAAUAUUGUUUUUGUUUCGAAUUUUAUAGAAAUUUGAGAAUUCUUCAUUUCACACAUACUCAAACACUUGCCACUUGUGCGCCAAAAACUAAACUAUUCGUAUUAUUAAUAUUGCGUGGCUAUACCAUUUUAUAUAUGUUUAUCUAAAGAAAUUAAUACCUGAAAAAAAAAUGCAAAAAUUAGUUCCCUCACAAUCAAUGAGUGGCUUAAUUUUAAAGUGUAUACAUAAACAAUUUACAUUUGCUUAGAUUUUAGUUAGAAUACGCAUAAUUUUAUUCAAAUUGUAACCCUUAUAAAUGUAUCUGCUGCUGUGUUUUUCCUUUGAACUGGGUUUUGUCAAACAAAACUUUUUUUUAUUCUACAAAAUUACUAUAAACAUUGUUUUCUCAAUUUUUUUUCUAAAAAAAAUAAGUUUAUAUUUCUAUUUAAGGCUUAGAUGUGUACUUUUUGUUAAUUA